CAAAGUAGGAGGAAUGCAGAGGCACUCCAGAAUGGCAGAAGACGACCCAUAUUUGGGGGGCCAUGAGCAAUUGUUUCAUUUGGACUCGUUGAAUCAUACAAUAUUUAACACAGAAUUAUUUCAACCAGAGAUGGCUUUGCCGGCAGCAGAUGGCCCAUACCUUCAAAUAUUAGAGCAACCUAAACAGAGAGGAUUCCGUUUCCGUUAUGUGUGUGAAGGCCCAUCGCAUGGCGGACUCCCCGGCGCCUCCAGUGAGAAGAACAAGAAGUCCUACCCUCAGGUCAAAAUCUGCAACUACGUGGGGGCCGCGAAGGUCAUCGUCCAGCUGGUCACCAACGGCAAGAGCGUCCACCUGCACGCACACAGCCUGGUGGGGAAGCACUGCGAGGACGGCGUCUGCACCGUCACGGCCGGGCCCAAGGACAUGGUGGUCGGCUUUGCAAACCUGGGCAUCCUUCAUGUGACAAAGAAAAAGGUCUUCGAGACCCUGGAAGCCCGGAUGACGGACGCCUGCGUGCGAGGCUACAACCCAGGGCUCCUGGUGCACCCUGAUCUGGCCUAUCUGCAGGCGGAAGGCGGAGGCGACCGGCAGCUCACAGACCGGGAGAAGGAGACCAUCCGCCAGGCGGCCCUGCAGCAGACCAAGGAGAUGGACCUGAGCGUGGUGCGCCUCAUGUUCACGGCCUUCCUCCCCGACAGCACGGGCAGCUUCACGCGGCGCCUGGAGCCGGUGGUGUCUGACCCCAUCUACGACAGCAAAGCCCCCAACGCGUCCAACUUGAAAAUCGUAAGAAUGGACAGGACAGCGGGCUGCGUGACUGGAGGCGAGGAGAUUUACCUGCUCUGUGACAAGGUUCAGAAAGAUGACAUCCAGAUUCGCUUUUAUGAAGAGGAGGAAAAUGGCGGAAUCUGGGAAGGGUUUGGAGACUUCUCCCCCACGGACGUUCACAGACAGUUUGCCAUUGUGUUCAAGACUCCAAAGUACAAGGACAUCAACAUCACCAAGCCGGCCUCCGUGUUCGUGCAGCUGCGGAGGAAGUCAGACCUGGAGACCAGCGAGCCCAAGCCGUUCCUCUACUACCCCGAAAUCAAAGACAAGGAGGAGGUGCAGCGCAAGCGCCAGAAGCUCAUGCCCAACUUCUCCGACAGCUUCGGCGGUGGCGCGGGCCCCGGGCCCGGAGGCGGGGGCAUGUUCGGGAGCAGUGGCGGCGGCGGGGCCGGGGGCGCAGGCCCAGGAUACGGCUUCCCCCACUAUGGCUUUCCCACCUACGGCGGAAUUACCUUCCACCCUGGAGCCACGAAGUCGAAUGCUGGCAUGAAGCACGGGUCCUCAGACCCCCCAUCUAAAGGUGACACCGCAGGCUGUGACCGGACAUGCGCUGAGCAGGUGGCCACUCACCCGGGGCCGGUCCCUGAAGCCACAGAGGAGCCAGCGUCGGCAGGAGGGGGCCCGGCGGGCGCGCAGGAGGAGAGCACCGGGUUCCCAGAUCACCUUUUCCUGGACAAGGCCAUGCAGCUGGCCAAGAGGCACGCCAACGCCCUCUUCGACUACGCGGUGACCGGGGACGUGAAGAUGCUGCUGGCGGUCCAGCGCCACCUCGCCACCGUGCAGGAUGAGAACGGGGACAGCGUCUUGCACCUGGCUAUUAUCCACCUGCACGCGCAGCUCGUGAGGGACCUGCUGCAGGUCACGUGUGGCUUGGUGUGCGGCGACAUCAUCAACAUGAGAAACGACCUGUACCAGACACCCUUGCACUUGGCUGUGGUGACCCAGCAGGAGGCCGUGGUGGAGGACCUGCUGUGGGCAGGGGCCGACCCGAGCCUGCUGGACCGUGCGGGCAACUCCGUGCUGCACCUGGCCGCCACGGGGGGCUACGACAAAGUCCUGGGCGUCCUCCUCAAGCACAAGCAGGCAGCACUGCUGCUGGACCACCCCAACGGGGAAGGUGAGCCCCGGCGCCUGGCUGGGGGUGUGGGAUGGCAGCUGUCUGGCCUGCAGCCGGUUCUCGGGGGAAGCUCUGAGCCCCCUCAGGCUACGGGUGGGGUGAGCAGAGCCUGGUGCCUGCGGGGUGUGGAGCCGGACCCGGGCCAGGUGACCCUGCACGUGCCCGCUGGCGCAGGUCUGACCGCCAUCCACGCGGCCGUGAUGAGCAGCAGCCUGUCCUGCCUGCUACUGCUGGUGGCUGCGGGCGCUGACGUCAACGCACAGGAGCGGAAGUCGGGGCGCACGGCGCUGCACCUGGCCGCAGAGCGCGACGACAUCUCCUUGGCGGGCUGCCUGCUCCUGGAGGGAGAAGCUGACGUGGACAGCACCACCUAUGACGGAACCACACCUCUGCACAUAGCAGCCGGGAGAGGGUCCACGCGGCUGGCGGCUUUACUCAGAGCGGCAGGCGCAGACCCCCUGGUGGAGAACUUCGAGCCCCUGUAUGACCCAGACAGCUCUUGGGAAAAGGACGGGGAAGACGAAGGCGUCGUGCCGGGGACCACACCGCUGGACAUGGCCGCCAGCUGGCAGGUGUUUGACAUUCUGAAUGGGAAGCCCUACCAGCCGGAGUUCUCACCUGACGACCAGCUGGCCCACGGUGACAUGAAGCAACUGACUGAAGAGGCCAAGUUGCGGCUCUACAAGCUCCUAGAAACCCCCGAUCCAGACAAAAACUGGGCCACUCUGGCCCAAAAGCUGGGUCUGGGGGUCCUGAACAACGCCUUCCGGCUGAGCCCUGCUCCCUCCAAGACGCUGAUGGACAACUACGAGGUCUCCGGGGGGACGAUCAAGGAGCUGAUGGAGGCCCUGAGACAGAUGGGCCACACGGAGGCCCUCGACGUCAUCCAGGGGGCCUUCUGCUCCGUGGGGCCCGGCUCCCCCAGCCUGAAGAGCCCGCCCUCGCAGGCCCACACCCCGCCGCUGUCACCCUCCCACACCAGGCUGCAGAUAGACGAGCGGGAGGACAGCGUCUGCGACAGUGGCGUGGAGACCUCCUUCCGCAAGCUCAGCUUCACCGAGGCCCUGGCCAGCGGGGGCUCCCUGCUGGGGCUCAGCAAGGCGCCCCACAGCUACAUGCACGUGCAGGACACACCCAUCGAGGGCAAGAUCUAGCUGCCGGCCGUCCCAGCACCCCAGC